AUGGGGCUCACGCUCUUUUAUGCUGCUUUCACAGAGGGAUGUCCAAGUGAAUACUUCGAAGCGAAUCCCAAUACUUGUCUUCAUUUGGCUAGACCCAAUCUUAAUGGACAGGAUUUGUACUGUUCCUCUAAAGGGGGACGCGUCUUCAGUCAGCCAGUUACUGAUGACAUGAUACAAAAUUUGGCUUCUGCAAUGAGGGCAGAAGCAGAAAACUGGAUGCCCGAGAAGGCAUAUUUAGGAAUGUACAGCAUUUCGUUCCAGGAUCCAUGGACACAAUAUUCGGAUACUUGGAAGUAUGAAGGUGAAGAAGAAGAAUUCGACUUCCGUGACUAUCCUUUAUGGUUUACAAAUCCAUCUGAGGAUUUAGAAUGCGCAUCUGUGGGCCAAGGAUCAGAGUUCAAAGCAAAUCCUGUUUCGUGUAACGAACAAAUGUCUCUCCUUUGCGAAAAAAACGAAGAACCUUGUGAUGAAGAAGAGAUGGCAUACGUGGACUAUGACGGACACUGCUUGGUGUUGAUUGCAGAACUGAAGUCGUAUCCUUUCGCCAAAGACUCUUGCAACAAAGGUCAUUUAUUUCGCAUGAAAAAUGAAUCCGAUGUCAACAGGACUUUUCUCGCAUUCUACAAUACACUCUAUAGUGGAGGAGUACACAUUGGACUUCAAAAGGAAGAAGACGGACGAUGGCUUUAUUUCGAUGGAACGGAGGAGGAAGAAGCCAACUUCGCAGAGGAUAACGAUAAUGAGUUUCGAUGUGGAGUUGUUCGCUUAUUGCCAGACUUCAGUUUGGGUCUCUAUAGUGUUGCUUGUUACGAUCACAAAAUGUGGUUCCUUUGUGAAAGAAGCAUGACAAACUGA